CGUAAAGUUGAAUCGAUGUCCGAUGACAAAAAGAUCGCGCGCAAGUUGGCAGACGCCAAACGUCUAGAAAUAGACCGUUUUGUUUGCCGCGGCAGUUUGGUUUUUGUGUUUGUGUGCAUUCCAACCUUCGUACUGUGUUUAAGGCAUAUAAAGACUUUAGAUACAACAGGUAGUGCCGCCGAGUGCGAUAUAAACGCUUUGAACGCUACAAAAUCAUAACUGCUGAAAAAUGACGAAAACCACUGAGGAGGCUGGAUACGAUCUCGUCCAAGCUUUACUCAAAUUCCACGAUGGAUCUCACGGUGCCCGAGAUCGCAUGGUUCAUAAGCCCGGAUGGAAAAUGCUUUUUAUGAUGCUAAAAUAUUUAAACUGCUACCCGGAAUUAACUUCAAUGCCUUAUCAGUUGACUCCGAUUGUACUGGACGUACCACCCGAAUAUCGUCAAAUUGUCUUGAAGAAUCCCAUGAUGGUUAGAAGACGUUACGUAGAAUUACUACCUAUCAAAUAUGGGUAUCGAGAAUUUUGGAAGACUCAUAUAAACCGUUCGAGGGCAUUGCCUUAUCAAUAUUUAUUGUGGGAAGGCGGUUUCGUUCUGAUUGUAUUUUGUUUUUACGCCAUUGGCGAUAAUGUCAUACGUGUAGUAAAUAUCACAAUACAUUUUUCAAAAAAAGACGUACAACCCGAACCGUUGUGCUAUCAAGAUAAGCUCAUGCUGGAAGAGUGUUAUCCACUGGAUACGUUUAAUCCCGGAUUUGCAUUACCCAAACCAGUAUCGAUCAACACGAACAGGUGGACAAUUUUGCGAGAGUUAAAAGAAUCCAGUGACAAAAAAGGCAAUGAACUGUUUUUGCUAUCGUUGUCACCUUUAAUGGACGAAUUGUCUGACCAAGUUCUUACGGACACCAGGCGCAAAAUGUUAGAGCUGUUGGAAGAAGCUAUGAGCUGGAAAAGAAAUUUUGAUCGUUAGAAUAAUCUGUUACAAUUUAAAAAUGUUUGAAAACAUAUUAUUUAUUAGUUAUUUGUUAUUAGUACGAGUAACUUCAUAUUUAUAAGACGUUCCCGUUAUUCGAUUGUUUAUUGCAGACCUAUAUUCUUAAUUUAUUGUAAACACUCAUAAAUAUAAUAUGAGUGACGUUUAAGUUGUAAAAGUCAUAUACCUAUUUUAAUAAUUGUUUUUUAUUAAUACUUGUGUAGACUUACGAUCAUAAUAUUAUCCUAAAUAUUAUUAUUUAACGUUUGGUUAUUUUAAGAUAUAAUGCGUUUAGACGUGUGUCUGUAUUAUAAUAUUCGCUAAGAAAAUAUCAAGUUGCCGGGGUUAUUAAAAGUCGACUAUAGAUCAA